GUUGUGUUUAAACCCGAGCUUCUCCCCGCGCCUCCUGUCGUGAGUGUAUCUCAUUUGGCUUUGUUUGGAAGCUGCCGACAGGCGGGAGCGCGCAGCGUGGUGGCGUCGCGCUCAUCGGAGCGGCAGAGGCGCGUCCUCGUGGCACAACCGCCACCAGCGAGAUUCUUCAGCUCCCUCUUGUUUCCAAGUUCAUUCUGACCACUUCCCGACGAGAAAAGCUCAUGAAACAGUUGUAAACACGCCACUUUAUUCACAAAUCCAGCCCGCUUACUCUCUCUAGUGCCCAGUGGCAUCCAGGGCGUCUUUUUAUUUUUGGUAUUUUUUUGUAUUUUUUUUCUGUUUUGUUUUUUUUUGCGCACGGCUUCACCUGGCUGUUCCAGUGCUGCGACGCCGGCCAAGUUGGAGAGCACGAAAGAGUUUUGCCAGUGUGUGCAAACACUUCAGAACCAAGGACAGAUCCAUGCUGCAGUCUGGCAGACACGUUCCAAAGAGGACAACAUCUGCACGCUGCGGGUCACAUGAAGCGCCUCGCGGUGCGUUCACGGUCGCCAAGGAGAGCUGCACGUCAAUAACGUUUUAGGAAGUGUCCAACAUGCUGUGUCCAGUAUCAGAAGACAUACACUCUCUCUAAACCACCGCCUCUCUCCUGUUCGAUACACUCGGCCCAACAUCCUGCUCCCGCCAUGCUGAGCGUCGCGCUCCGCCUCAGGUCGUCGGCCUUUCCCGCGCCUUCCUACUGGCCCCUCCAGAUCCUUCUGCUGGGACUGCUGGUACCGGGGUGCCUGCCCAGCAUGUCCAGACUCGCCCCGGCCGCCAAGCGCGAGAUCCUCAUAGACGGCGACUUGGUGAUCGGCGGCCUCUUCCCGGUGCACCACAAAGGCGAAGGGAUGGAGGACUGUGGUAAAAUCAACGAGGAGAGAGGGAUCCAGAGACUGGAGGCCAUGCUGCUGGCGCUCGACGAAAUUAACGCCAGCGAUCGCAUCCUUCCUGGACUCCAGCUAGGGGCGCACAUCCUCGACACCUGCUCAAAGGACACCUACGCUCUGGAGCAGUCCCUUGAUUUCGUCAGGGCGUCCCUCACCAAGGUGCACGACCCGGGCUUCAUAUGCCCGGACGGGUCGCGACCUAUCCAGAAUGAGGUCCCGCUGGCCAUUUCCGGGGUCAUCGGAGGAUCCUACAGUGACGUUUCCAUCCAGGUGGCCAACCUCCUGCGACUCUUCCAGAUUCCUCAGAUCAGCUACGCCUCCACCAGUGCCAAGCUAAGUGAUAAAUCCCGCUAUGACUACUUUGCCCGCACCGUGCCUGCAGACUUCUACCAGGCCAAAGCCAUGGCGGAGAUCCUGCGCUAUUUCAACUGGACAUACGUGUCCACUGUCGCUUCUGAGGGCGACUACGGUGAGACGGGCAUCGACGCCUUCCAGGAGGAGGCCCGCUCUCACCAAAUCUGCAUCGCCACCUCGGCCAAGGUGAGUCGCUCCAUGAACCGCCAGGGCUUCGAGAACGUGAUCCGCUCCCUGCAGCAGAAGUCCAACGCCAAGGUGGUCAUCAUGUUCACCCGCAGCGAGGAUGCCCGGGAGUUGCUGGUGGCUGCCGCUCGCAUGAAAGUCACCUUCAUUUGGGUGGCCAGUGACGGCUGGGGGGCGCAGGAGAGCGUGGUGAGGGGCAGUGAGACGGCAGCGGAUGGUGCUUUCACCAUCGAGCUGGCCUCCUACCCGAUCAGAGAGUUUGAAGACUAUUUCACUAAACUGAACCCAUACACCAACACCAGGAACCCGUGGUUCAAAGAGUUCUGGGAGCACCGCUUCGGCUGCAGCCUCCAGCAACACGGAUGCAGCGACCGCAGCCUCCGAGACGGCACUUUUGAGCAGGAAUCCAAGAUCAUGUUUGUGGUCAACGCGGUCUACGCCAUGGCCUACGCGCUGCACAACAUGAGGCAAGCCGUGUGCUCCAACGCAUCCAAGGUCUGUGAAGCAAUGAAACCAGGCAACGGCAAAAGGUUCUACAAGGAGUUCAUCCUGAAGACCAAGUUUGAAGCUCCCUUUCGACCCGUCGACACAGAGAAUAUGGUGCGCUUCGACUCGGUUGGCGACAGCAUCAGUCGCUACAACAUCUUCCACUACCACAAAGACGACGGGAAGUUCGUCUACAAGAAGGUUGGCUACUGGGACCAGAACCUGACCCUGAACACCACCCUGGUAAGCUGGCGCGGCCUGGCGCCGCCCACCUCCCAGUGUAGCGACCCCUGCAGGAAGAACGAGGUGAAGAGCAUGCAGCCCGGGGAUGUGUGCUGCUGGAUCUGCAUCCCCUGCCAACCCUAUCAAUACCUGCAAGACGAAUUCACGUGUGCCGACUGCGGCUUCGGCCAGUGGCCCCUGGACAACCUGACAGGCUGCUACGAUCUGCCCGAAGAGUACAUCCGCUGGGAGGACGCGUGGGCCAUCGGGCCCGUUACCAUCUCCUGCUUGGGAAUAAUGUGCACCUUGUCGGUGGUGGGUCUGUUUUUCAAGCACAACGAGACGCCCGUGGUGAAGGCGAGUGGACGUGAGCUCUCCUACAUCCUCCUUCUGGGAGUCCUGAUGUGCUACAGCAUGACCUUCAUCUACAUUGCCAAACCUUCCACUGCCGUUUGCACCCUCCGCCGAUUGGGCCUGGGCACGUCGUUCGCCAUGUGCUACUCGGCGCUCCUCACCAAGACCAACCGAAUCGCUCGCAUCUUCAGCGGCGUGAAGGACGGCGCCCAACGACCGCGCUUCAUCAGCCCGGCCUCCCAGGUGGCCAUAUGCGGAGCCCUCAUCUCCUGCCAGCUGCUGGUGGCUGUCAUCUGGCUGCUGGUGGAGGUGCCCGGCGUGAGGAAGGAGGUGAGCCCGGAGCGGAGAGACGUGGUCACCCUGAAGUGCAACAGCCGGGACACCAGCAUGCUCAUGUCACUCACCUACAACUGCGUCCUCAUCGUCCUCUGCACGGUCUACGCCUUUAAGACGCGGAAGUGCCCGGAAAACUUCAACGAGGCCAAGUUCAUCGGCUUUACCAUGUACACCACCUGCAUCAUCUGGCUCGCCUUCCAGCCCAUCUUCUACGUCACGGCCAGUGACUACAGGGUCCAGACCACCACCAUGUGCAUCUCUGUCAGUCUGAGCGGCUCUGUGGUCCUGGGCUGCCUCUUCGCUCCCAAGGUCCACAUCAUCCUGUUCCAGCCUCAGAAGAACGUGGCCUCGCUUCGGGUCACAGCCAACCGCUUCAGUGCCACCGUGUCGGCCUCCGCAUCCGCUCCCAGUUCCAGUUACUCCAAAGGUUCCGCCUCCAACUACGUGCCAGCGGUGUGUAACGGCCGCGAGGUGGUGGACUCGACCACUUCGUCUUUGUGAGAGCAUCUCAUCAACAGUCCGGACCGAGGCCAUGUCGCCGCAUGUCGCCGUGAUGUCCAGCGGGGCUGCACAGAGACAGUGUGCAGGGCUGAAGCAAUGUUCCACCAGGGAGAAGUAUGGAGCGCUUGUAAAGCCCUCAUUUGUAUAGAUUGAAUAUACUGUGACUUUUUUUUUUGGUUUACACUUAAAUGUGGGCAAUGUGUUUCUGUGAAAAUUCAGUAGGAAAUCAUACAAAAAGUUAGGCACUAUGCGGCGGGAAUAAUAUGUUCCAGGUUCAAACUGUCACAAUUGUGAAAUCUUUAUUAACUGUACACAAAGUGUUGUAACAUUCAUAAAGAAAAAGUGCAAAAUGAAGUUUACCAUUUAAAUAUUCUAGCAUUUUAAAAUGCUUUAUUUGCUUGUUUUAAUUCAAAAUGAAAUGUCAUCAUUUUAAUCAAAUUCACCAUUAUUCAACAAAAAUUAAUUGCACAUUUUUCUACCUAAUAGAAAGGAUUUUUUUUUUGUUUUGUACAAAAUCCUACAAAAUUCUGGUGAGAAAUGGCUCAUUUGACGCCCUGCUCCGUGCCUUGUCCUAACUCGUCUUGUGUGUGGCAAUACAGUAGGUUAAUACAGCUGUUCUUAUAUCUUACUGUCCUUCCAGUGCUGUGAAUAUAUCCAAUAUUUGAAGACUAAAAAUGUUCAUUUAACUUAUUCCGUCUGUGAAAAUGUGACCAACGUUAGUGAGCAUAAUAUGCAAAUCUAUUGAGAAGAAUGUGUUGAUGUAGACAUGCUAGAACGUGUGCUUUUAUGUAACUAAUGUAAAUAAAACCUUUUUUGUAAUAGAAGAGUUGCAUUUUAACAAUUUAAAAAAAGAGUGAUUAAAGAGCCAAUGAAAAAUGUAAUUAAGAAAAAACUAGGUGAUACUAUUGUGAGUAUAAAUAAUCUUUUUUAUGUACUUUGUUUACAUGUGCAAUUGUACUCAUACAGGCCUAAGUUAAGUCAUUUACAGUGUUAAUAGGUCACAAAGAGUGUGGGAUGGUAUUAGCGAUCAAUAUCUAAACAGGAACCUUACACUUGAGCUCAAUUAUGCUUGUGCCUUUGCUUUCCCUUGUGACAUAGGUGCCAAACUCAAGGCCAGAUGCUGCCCGUCACAUCGUUUUAUGUGGCCCACGAAAGCAAAUCAUGCUCGUCAACUUCCGUGGUUUUUGCUCAAAUCUGUACCCAAAUUCCAAAUUGUCAUAAUAAUAAACAAUAAUGUUGAGAUAUUGCAUUUUUCUGUUACCAAACACCUCUUCUACAGUAACUUAAAGAAUACUUGAACAAACUAUUAUCCUUGUCUUCUGAUUUCAAAAUUAGUUAUCCCUCAAUUUGUUGCGUAAUGGUAAUGUUUUGGUGAUGAUUAAACUUUGUUUCACUGUUCUAACGGCCCUCUGAGGGAAAUCAUAACUACAAUGGGGCCCGAGACAAAAAAAAAAAAGUGUUUGACACCCCUUGAUUAAGUACCCUACUUCCAUUUAUAGUAUCAACACUCCACUUUAAAAGUAUUGGAACAGUGGGGCCACUUGGUUUAUUUUUGCGGUAGAUUGAAAACAUUUGGGUUUCACUGAUGAACAUAACA